AAUAUGAAGAUUUCUAUUAUCGUUCUAACACUGCUGGCUAUGGCCAUGGGUUUUGCCAUUAACGAAGCCGAUUAUCAUCCCAUCGAACAUUUAAUUGGUCAGAGAAAGUCGAUGGGGGCAAAUAAUCGUUUCUUUGAGCAGUUAGGUGGUGACAAAUAUGCUCCCGAAGAGGAAAAGAAUCCUGAAUUUUGGAAUUCUUUGGCUCGUGAAGAAUUGGCCAAACGUUUGGCUGAACAAUAUAAUUUCAAUAAGGCCAAGAAUAUUAUAUUCUUCUUGGGAGAUGGCAUGUCUUUGACAACAGUUACGGCUUCUCGUAUACGUAAGGGCCAGUUGAGGGGUAAGACGGGCGAAGAGGAAUCAUUGAGUUUUGAAAGAUUUCCUCAUACCGGCUUAAGUAGGACCUAUUGUGCCAAUACCCAAGUGGCCGAUUCUGCCUGCACGGCCACCGCUUAUUUGUGUGGUGUCAAAUCGAAUAUUGUUACUAUUGGAGUGUCUGCCAAUGUAGAAUACAACAACUGCUCGAUGAGUAUGAAUCCUGAAAACCAUGUUAGCUCUAUUGCUUCUUGGGCCCAGAAAGUGGGUAAAUCUACUGGUUUCAUUACUACUACCACUCUAACUCAUGCCAGUCCUUCGGGUUCAUAUGCUCAUACAGCAAAUCGUUUCUGGGAAUGUGAUGCUGACAUUGCAUCAUGGGGUGAACAUAAUAAAGCCUCCACCUGUAUGGAUAUAGCACAACAAUUGAUUAAACAAUCUCCAGGACGUAAUUUUGAUGUAAUGAUGGGUGGUGGUAUGGGUAAAUUUUUACCCAAUACCAUUAAAGAUGCUCAUGGUAAAAUGGGUGAACGUAAAGAUGGACGUAAUCUAUUGUCUUUGUGGAAGGAUAUGCAUCCUACCGGUGAAUUGGUAACAAAUCGUAAUGAAUUAUUAAACUUAAACAUUGAUAAAACGGAUAAAAUUAUGGGUAUUUUUGGUUCUGGCGUUAUGAAUUAUCAUGCCCUAGCCGAUGACAGCGAACAACCCACCUUAGCGGAAAUGACCGAAGUGGCUUUAAAACUUUUGAGUAAAAACGAUCAGGGUUAUUUUAUUUUUAUUGAAGGUGGCCUCAUUGAUUAUGGCAAUCAUGCCAAUAAGCCCGGUAUAAGUUUGGAUGAAACUUUAGAAAUGGAAAAAGCCAUAGAGUUAGCUGUCAAUAUGACAGAUCCCAAUGAAACUCUUAUUGUAGUAUCAGCAGAUCAUGCUCAUCCCUUGACAAUCGCUGGUUAUCCCGCACGUGGUACACCCAUUUUAGGGCUAAAUGAAAAUGAUUUAGAUGUAAAUGGCAUACGUUAUGCCACUCUAAAUUAUGCCAUUGGACCAGAACAAUAUUUGGAUGAGCAUGGUCAACGUUAUGAUAUAGAGGGUAAAAUCGAGGGUAUAGCUGAUACCCAUCCUAGUCAAAUACCUGGUGCUAUAGGUGUUCACUCGGGCGAUGAUGUUGGUAUUUUUGCUUUGGGUCCUCAUUCUCAUUUGUUUAGAGGUGUUCUACAACAACACACCAUACCACAUAUUAUGGCUUAUGCUGCUUGCAUCGGUGAUGGUCCGACAUUGUGUAAAGAUCAAGCGUGA